AUGAGGACUUCAAAUGUUAUUGGGUUUGUUGUGAAGAGCAUUCCGGCUGAGGUUAAGAGUGAUAGUAACAACGGCAAAGAGGAAAACAAAGUUACUUUUAUUCUUGAAGACCUGCAGCACCAUCAGAUUUUUGUUACACUAUGGGAUGGUUAUGCUGAUCAAAUUCGAGCAUUUGAAAGCAACCAUCCAGCGGAAAAGAAUGUUGUGGUCGUUAUUCAGUUUGGGAAGUACCGGUUUUGGGGAGGACAUGUCAAUGUAUCCAAUUUGUAUACUGUAACUCGAGUGUUCAUCAACAGUGACAUUCCCGAGAUUGUUGACUUUAAGAAAAGGUUUGUUUUCGUAAUAAAAUUAUCUAUAUUAUAG